GCUAUAUCAAGGGGGCGUGACCGGUGACGCAUGUACGGGAUCCGCGCGCUGUUCAGCCUCGGCCUGCUGGUUGGGGGCGCUCGCCUGGGUGUCAGGGCGGACACCUGCCUGCGGUCUGUGGGAGACGGGAAGGCUCAGUGCCGGCGAUACCGAGCCGGGGCGGCCAUGGAGGGGGCCCUCAAAUACCUCAGUCAGGUGGAGGCGCAGGCGGUGGACGAGGAGCUGUUCAAUGAGUACAAGUUCAGUGUGGAUCAGUUGAUGGAGCUGGCUGGACUGAGCUGUGCCACCGCCAUUGCCAAGGCUUAUCCAGUGAGUUCCUUCACGUCUAGUCUGCCCUCCGUGCUGGUCAUAUGUGGCCCUGGAAACAAUGGUGGCGAUGGCCUGGUGUGUGCUCGGCACCUGAAGCUCUUCGGUUAUGAACCGGCCAUAUUUUACCCCAAGCGUCCUAACAAGACCCUAUUUGAAAAUUUAACAACACAAUGCCAAAAGAUGGACAUCCCCUUUCUGUCGGAGUUUCCACAAGAGGCAGAGGUCAUCGAUGGAGCCUAUAACUUGGUCGUAGACGCCAUUUUCGGAUUCAGCUUCACGGGCGCAGUGCGAGAACCCUUUGGUAGCAUCCUUAGUACCCUGAAGCGUAUCACCAUCCCAAUCGCCAGCGUGGACAUCCCAUCAGGGUGGGAUGUGGAGAAAGGAAACCCAGACGGGCUGCAGCCGGACAUGCUGAUCUCCCUGACCGCCCCCAAACAGUCGGCCGUACAUUUCUCUGGACGCUACCACUACCUGGGCGGCCGAUUCGUCCCCAUGGCCUUACAGAAGAAAUACAACCUCAAUCUCCCAGACUACCCCGAUACGGAUUGUGUCCGCAGACUACUCUGAAGACGCAGCAGCACUGACCUGUAAGGACAGAGACCACCCAAUCCUCACAGGAAGAAUGAAGCACUGAGCAAUCAUGGAGCCGCCGCUUCAUUUCUGUUUGUUUAGACCUGAACCUGAGCACUUUGUAGAAAACCAAUAAAUGCUUUAAGAUAACAUCA